GCCGCUGGACUCUCAGUCCUUAACAAUUUCAUUUCUUCUAUCACUUAUGUUUCAAUCUGAUGUGUUUGGUAUGUUUCUGCUGAUGUCCCUCCCUGUGAAGACCAGAUUCACUGAAGAAACUGAAAGAGCAAAAGAGUCAUUCAAACAAAUACGACGAGUUUUAUUCAACAGAUAUAUAGUGGAAGUCACAUUUAUCUGUUCAUGUUUAACAUGUGACCAGGAAAGAAACACUAAAACUCAUCUGAACACACAUCGAGAGCUUCAGAAGAACCGACUCUACUGACAACAGAGAAGAUCGCUGUGUAAGAGAGAAGAAAUGAAGAUCAUCUGGACUUUCACUCUGCUGAUGAUUCCUGGUGUGUUGAGCUCCAUCAGUGUGACAGGAUAUUCAGGAGGAGGAGUCAGCAUCACAUGCAGAUAUGAUAGAGGAUAUACAGGCAAUAACAAGUAUUUUUGUCGAGGACAGUAUCCAGGAUGCCAAGACCUCAUCAAGACGGAUAUUAAAAAUAAAUGGGUUGAUUCUGGAAGAUUCUCUCUGUAUGAUGACACAAGUGCAGCAGUUUUCACUGUGACCAUCAGAGAUCUGAGUGAACAGGAUUCUGGGACGUACCAGUGUGCAGUUGAUCAUUUAGGAAUAGAUUCCUUCACUGAAGUGAAGCUGAAUGUUGUAACAGAUAUUCCAAAAAAAGCUUCAUUUUCAUCAUCACCACCACCACCACCACCAUCCUCUUCAUCAUCGUCAUCAGUUGAAUCUCCUCUGCAGAGAAUGUGUGUCAGAACCUGA